CGGUCCUCAUGUUAUCAGUAGAAAUGAAAAUAUAUCAGAACGUGUAUAAUGUUUACGUAUAUUUAUCAAUACUAAUUCAAACUAGUUGGUUUUGAACUCAAUGUGUAAAUAUAAAUUGCUCAAAUAGUUUAAUUUAUACGACAAAUUAUUGGGAUUGAGAUAGAUGUGAACUCGUCUGCAAUGCUUUCGUCGUUUUCCGAAUCUCGCCUUGGUGCUGGAGGAUCAGCUACAGUCGGGAUAGGAACUGGAAUGGAGUCUACUGGUUGUCUGACACGACGAAGCUCGUGGGUGCAAGAGUAUCGUGAUCUACAGGCUAAUGUAAUGUCAGUGGAUUGGACCGGGUCCUGGGUUCUGCUAGCUGGAAGACGACAACUUGCCCUACAAUCAAUGCGCGAUUAUGAAAUGUCCAUUGAAACUGCUGAUACUGUUAGCGGAAGGGAGGAGAGUAAUGGUGGCAGCCCUGGUGGAUUAAGUAAGUUUCCACGACUUUGGAAAUACGAGGUGUCGGCGGCUGAAUGGGCCAUUUGUCAAAACAGCCAAGAGUAUUGUGCCAUUGCGACGAGCCAGACUAUUGAAGUGGUGACUUGGAAGUCGGGAGAACCGACAUUGAAGCAAUCAUUAAGGGCACACACACGAAUGAUUACCGAUAUUGAUUGGCAUUCGAAAGUGCCACAUUUGCUGGCAAGUUGUUCAAUUGAUACAUUUACUCAUUUGUGGGAUUUGAGAGACCCUAGAAAACCGGUGCUAUCUCUGAAUGCGGUUUGCAUGUCCGGUGCUAGCCAGGUGGGAUUCAACAGGGUUUCAGGAAAUUUGGUGGCCACAGCCCAUGAUGGGGAUUUGAGAAUUUGGGAUCAACGCAAGGGUUCCUGCCCUAUCCAGUAUAUAACGGCGCAUUUGUCGAGGAUACACGGUAUAAACUGGAGUCAUGAUCAUGAAACAAGUUUGUCGACGGCUAGUCAAGAUGGCACGGUGAAGUACUUUGAUAUCAAUAAUCCAAGACGAGCUGAAAAAAUUAUAACCACUUCGUGUCCGGUUUGGAGAGCUCGGUAUACACCAUUUGCGGAUGGCUUGGUGACGAUCAGUGUUCCUCAUCAGGGUCGAGGAGAGCACAGUUUAUUGAUGUGGAAUAACUCCAAGCAAGAUGCGCCCAUAUGUUCUUUGUUAGGUCACACAGAUGUAGUGCUUGAUUUUGCUUGGAGACGAAACAGUUUAGUUGAUUUAGACCCCGAGCUUAUUACUUGGUCUCGUGAUCAAACUCUAAGAAUUUGGCGUUUAGAUGAGGAGGUUAGGAAACUUUGUGAACGCUUUACACCAGAAGACGAUGACGGUCUCAUUAUAGAAGAAGGUUCGAAUCUUAGUAAAGUUAGCUCCGGAAAUAGCAUGAAAAGCCCUACGCGUGAGAAGCAACCGUCGGUUUCACUGCAGCAUGAAUUUUCACUGUUGAAUCCAAAUAUCCCACACAUUGAUAUUGAAGUGCUAGAUCCUACAAAACGAACGGCAACAGUACGGAUAUCUGUAAACGGUUACGUCAUCAUGUUGCAGGUGAACUUUCCUCAGCAGUACCCGAAUAAUGGAAUUGGUCCGGAGUUUGUCUACUGUCAGGGAACAUCACUGGAUGACAAUCUUUCGGUUACUUUGAUGAAAGUCCUUCGUAUGACUGCAAGUCAACGAGUUAAGAAAGGCAGAACUUGUUUGGAACAAUGUUUAAGAGCUUUGGUCACGCAGUUGAAGAAGUCUACUAGCAAUGAUGAAAAGCAUUUGCGCCUGCAAUCACCUCGCCUGGAAGGUGCACUGAGUAGUGCUCUGCAUGACGCAUGUGUGCCUUUUCCGAAAACAUCCGGGGCACGUUUCAGUCAGGUAGGAAUACUUGUGACGUUUUCAAGACCUCUGAAUACCAAACGAAUUAGUUUGAAGCAACAAAACACAACCCCACGAGCACUGUCGGCCCUCAGUGGUGGGUAUCUCGGGAACGUAAUGGGUUCUCAACCGAUCCUGUAUGCUCAUAGGGAUCCCAGCGCAUCAUCUUUCUAUCUGCACGAUCGGAAAUCUUCUAGGAAUCGAGGUGCUGUCCCGAAAAUAUCUGUUGCAACGGUUAAUGUUUAUGAUGUAUCGAAGAUUUUGUACGUGAGCAAGGAGUUGGCAGAAAACUAUAUCAUUAAUACAAUGAAUGUGGCUGAAAUGUGUAAUUACAAUAAAAAAGUAGCGGAAAAAUAUGGUCGACCAGAUUUAGUUCAGUGUUGGUCUCUGGCCGAAAUGAUCGCUCAGCCCAGCACAGAUUUUGACACGGAUGACGAUAUGCUGUGCUCACAGAAUCCUUUUGCGAAGAGUCUGUUGGAGUCACUAAUAAACCAUUUCGCCAAUAUCUACGACAUACAGACGGCUGCAAUGUUGUGCUGUGCAUUUGGGCGUCACUGUCCUUCGUUGUACGAAAUGUCUAGCAGUUCUAGUUCGAGUAGCAAAUCUAUCAACCAAAGUCACUUACUUAGUGGUCUACGCAAAAUCAAGCCAAGUGGAUCACCUUAUCAUACAAUUCUGCCAGUGGACAGUACCAACUCGAACGCGGUUUGGAGCUUGGCUCAGCAGUUGAAACAUUUGCGGAGUAACUCGUGGUCAGAUUCUUUGGAUGAUUGCCGAAUAGCUGGCCUCGGUGAUAUCAAUCGUAGUCUGCUGGGUGACAGCAAUCGUGUUCUGUAUGAUAACUUCAAACGGUCAUACGCGGAGAUGCUCUACAGGUGGGGUCUACUGGUCACUCGAGCCAAAGUGCUGAAGUACCUUUCGCAUUAUGUUGAUCCUCCACGCUGCGUCGAAUUCGUCACGGAAUGUUUGCUUUGCUGCCGAGUUGGAUCUCCGGCAUGUGCAACCUGUCGAAAGCCUGUACUAUAUUGCACGCUUUGCCGGCUUCCUGUACGAGGUGAAGCGAAUGCUUGUUUGAAUUGUGGUCAUGGAGGUCACACCGACCAUAUGCGAAUAUGGUUUGAGAAGCAUGAUGAAUGUGCCACAGGAUGCGGGUGUCAUUGUUUGCAAAAAAGUUCAGCACUGUGCGAUAUGAAUUAGUUAAGUUAAUAAAUCUGCUAAAAUGA